UAUCACCUACCCCUCCGCACCGGUGGUUGGAUCGAGGAUACUCCUUUCAAGAUUCCACCGCAAAUGAAGCCAUGGUUCGAGACUCCUGGCGGCGAACCUACCGACCAGUUUUAUCCCACCAUUGACCUGUUGUGUGGGGAGUCGGUGGCUACUGAUUCGGCUAAGGACGGUGGCGACUUAGGCUACCGUGCCUUUAAAGAUUUGAUUACGCCUGCUGACAGGCCACAAGGUCAGAUUGAUGCCCCUGCUGCUCAACACUUUAAUGACCUCUACAAGGCCGUUCAGUCCAGCAUGGACCUGUACUACGUUUACCGCUGGAACCAGCUGCAGCUGACUCAGAAUAACAUUGAUAUGGCCGAUUUGAGGAAGCGGGCUGAGGAUGCUGAGUCUUUGCUGGAAGACAGCAAGAAGAAGUUGGAUGCUGCGGCUUCUGAUUUGGAGGCGGCUAAUAAACGGCUCAGUGAUAUUGAGCCAAAGCUGCAGGCUGAGGCUGAGAGAGCAGACGGUUUGGAUCAACAGCUGGCAAGUAUUAAUGCAAGCUUGCCGGGCGUAAAGAAAUCUGCCGCCAAGAAAGCCGUUGAUAAACUUCUCCAGUCUGACUGGUUUAACGACAUUCUGACUUUGCGCCAUAACGGCGGUUGGUGUGCUGCACAUCGGGUCGUUUGCCAUGUGAAGAAGCUGGACGAGGAUGGCUGGCAAGAGUUUGAAGAUGGUUAUGAGGAGAAAGAGCUGUAUAAGGUUGCAACCGGCUUUGAGCCUCAGGAGCUACCCGAGGCGGUGAUUUGCAAUGCUAAUCAGAGGACCCUGCCUCCUUUGGAUGUUCCGGAAGCAGCUUAUUGGUCUGAUGAUGAGCCUGCCGUUUGACGGUUUCGGCAGUCAUCACCUUCCUCCUCUUGCGGAUCUUCUUCUUUUCCCAGCCGGCCUCAUACUUGUUAGGAUUUUUAUUUUUAUUUUGGCGGUUGGCUUUAGAUUUUUUGGCAAAUGCUGUUAGGGCACUUCAACUUUGAUGUAAUUUUAAUUUAUAACAUCGUAUUAUUGUGGCGGUGUUGGUUUUAUUCGGCAUCCCUUUGUGCCUUGUUAUCAGCUAAUCACUUCGCAAGUUUUUUGGGUGAUGGCUGUCGGUUUUUCGUGUACUCCCUUUUGUGGCCAUGUAUUUAUGACAAGUAAUUUUUCGAUUUCAUAUUUCCUUCUUUUUGC